AUGCUGCUGCUAUUACUACUGUUGCUUCAUUUGCCAUUUGGGAUAGUGAGGGAAGUGAGUUCAGAUAUCACAGAUCUACGAAUGUAUCCACAUAAUUAUUACAGACCAGGAGAUUACCUCAUUGCUGGAGUUAUACCGACGAGGACAGCUUUGCACUCAACACAUGCUUUCACACGUGACCCUGUCCAUGACUUCUUCCCGUUAUCGGAGAGGAACUACCAGCAUGCCGUGGCCAUCUUGUUGGCCAUUAAUGAGAUCAAUCAAAACCCGCAGCUCUUACCCAAUAUUACCCUUGGCUACAACAUCUAUGAAAACUGUUUCAGCUUCAGGAUAGUCUAUGAAGCCACAAUAGACCUGCUGUCUUCUGCAUAUUGGAUGGUCCCUAAUUUCCAGUGCGGAAGACAAGAAGAGCUCUUGGCUGUUAUUCAAGGAGGGGACUUUGAAACCUUUUUUCAGAUGGCAACCAUGUUAACUAUUUACAAGAUCCCUCAGCUCACAUACAGCUUUGUCAACCAUAUUCUGGGCAAUAAAAAUCAGUUCCCCUCUUCCUACUGGAUGAGCCCAAAGGAAACUCCACAGUACAUGGGAAUAGUUAAGUUGCUCUUGCAUUUUAGAUGGACUUGGGUUGGUCUCAUUGCUCCGGAAAAUGACGGUGGAGAUCGGUUUGUGAGAACCAUGGAGGCAAUGGUCUUUGGCAGUGGUAUUUGCAUCGCCUUCACCCAAGGGAUUCCAUUAAUAUUUAAUGACAACUUCCGCACUUUACAUGAAAAGUUGUUAUAUUUUAUUGCACCCUUUACACAGAAGAAAGCCAACGUGCUUGUUUAUUAUGGGGAUUCUGACUCAAUGCUUCUGAUGCCUCUUGUGCUGUUCGAAAUUGAAGAAGAAAACUGUGCCUCCUCAGGGAAAGUUUGGAUCUCCACAGCUUUGUGGGGCUUCACCUUGAGCACAUCUUUUGGAUAUGGGGAUAUCAAAUUCUUCCAUGGUGCGUUGUCCUUCAUCAUCCAAACGAACAAGAAGUCCACAUUGAAGGACCUUUUCUUGAUUAAAGAUGAACAUUCCCUUGAAACUCUUUGGUCGGAAACAUUUGACUGUGACGAACCCAACUAUAGGUUGCGAAGGAAGACAUGGAAAAGAUGCAGGGGCAGAGGAGCACUGGAUGGCCUCCCCCAAGGUUGGCUGAACAAAGUUAUGUCUGCUGAGAGCUACAACAUUUAUAAUGCAGUUUACAUUGUGGCACAUGCCUUCCAUGUCAUGAUCACAGCCUUAUCUAGCUGCAUGUUGCCUACAGGAGUAGACAGAGUUGCCUAUCUGAAAACAAUACACCCAUGGAAGCUUCACUCUUUUCUGAGAAACAUCCAAUUUAAUAGUACUGCCAUGGACGAGGUGUAUUUUGACAAGGAUGGCGAGUUGAUGGCUGACUAUGAUAUUGUGAAUUUGGUCAUAUUUCCUAACAAGUCUGCUGUAAGAGUCAAAGUUGGGAAACUAGAGACCCAGGCUUCCUCUGGUCUACAGAUGACCAUUCAUGAGGAGGCCAUUGUGUGGCCCAAGUGGUUUAAUCAGACGAGGCCCUGCUCUGCCUGUACUGAAAGCUGUCAACCUGGAUACAGCAAGGUGGUUCCGGAAGGGCAGCCAAUUUGCUGCUAUGGUUGUGCCCCAUGCAUGGAUGGGACAAUUUCUACCCACACAGAUGCAGAUCAUUGUCUGGAGUGCCCUGAAGACCAAUACUCAAACAAUGGCAAAGAUCAAUGUAUCCCCAAGGUUAUAGUCUUCCUGUCUCAUGGAGAACCUCUGGGGAUCACCUUGGUCUUCUUUGCUCUCUUCUUGUGCCUAACCACAGGUUUUGUUUUAGGAACCUUCCUUAAGUACCAAGACACCCCAGUUGUCAAAGCCAACAACCGCAACCUCACCUACAUCCUCCUCGUCUCCCUCUUGCUUUCCUUUCUGUCCUGCUUCCUCUUCAUCGGCCAGCCUCGAAAGGUGACCUGCCUUCUCCGCCAAACUGCCUUCAGCAUCAUCUUCUCAGUCGCCGUUUCUUCGGUGCUGGCAAAAACGACCACCGUGGUGCUGGCAUUCAUGGCCACGAAGCCAGGCAACAGCAUCACGAAAUGGGUGGGGAAGAGUUUAGCAAACAUCAUCGUCCUUUUCGGUUCCAUGAUUCAGUUUGGCAUCUGCAGCAUCUGGUUAGGAAUCGCUCCUCCCUUCCCAGAAUUUGACAUGGAUUCCCAGAUUGGACAGAUCGUAUUGCAGUGCAAUGAAGGCUCUGUCACCAUGUUUUACUGUGCCCUUGGCUACAUGGGCUUUCUGGCUGCCGUUUCUUUUAUGGUGGCUUUCCUAGCCAGGAAGCUGCCCGGGGCAUUCAAUGAAGCCAAAUUGAUCACCUUCAGCAUGCUGGUCUUUUGCAGUGUUUGGGUGUCCUUCGUGCCAACCUACCUGAGCACCAAAGGGAAAUACGUGGUAGCUGUGCAGGUCUUCUCUAUCGUGGCUUCCAGUGCUGGGUUACUGGGUUGCACCUUCCUUCCCAAAUGCUACAUAAUUGUAUUGAGGCCACAUCUGAAUACGAAGGAGCACCUCAUGAUGAAAAGGAAAAAAUAG